UUCAGCGCCAUAUGACAAAACCUACCCAUGGACUGGUACUCUUGGCUAACAAAAAGUGGCCUUGAUCCUUCCCUCGUCUAUGAAUAUGGCCUUGCCUUCUCUCGUAACGAGCUCCAGAAGGAGGAUCUUACCUACUUGAACCAUGAAUUUCUCCAGAGCAUGGGCAUUUCGGUUGCCAAGCACCGUCUUGAGAUCCUCAAGCUUGCAAGAAAGGAAGUCGGGUCAGGCCAAACCAGGCUUUCCAAGUUGGUUCUGGCUAUCAACAAGACCAAAAAGUGCUUCAACAAGUACGUCAUCAAGAAGCUGGUUCACCACGAGGAAACGGCCAUCAUCAAGCCGCUGCCGGAGCCACCAGAGAUUGGAUGGAGGGGAGGGUUCACCAGAAAGUGCAAGAGCGAGAAGGAACUGAGGGUAGAGCAGCCAAUGCCCAGAAACUACAGAAAGAUAGCGAAAUCCGGGCCUCUUGAUGGAAGAGGGCAAGAGAAGUCGAUGUUCGCUAAUAGUAACAGGAGCCUAAAAUUGUCUGGGCCUUUAGAUAGAAAGGCCAGUGAGAAGUUGGUGUUCAGUUACAAGAGCCCCGUGCUGUCUGGGCCUAUAGACGGGAAGGCACAAGAGAGACUGACGUUCCCUAGUAGGAGCCCUAUGCUAUCCGGGCCGCUGUAUGGAAGACCUCCAAGCCCAAAGAUCUGCAGUGACUAUGGCAAGGAGAAGGAGGCUGGGGCUUAUGGGGAUCAUACGUUAUGGGCUGCUCUGUUUCAGGACAUGAAACCCACUUGAAAAUGAAUGUCUUAUUUAUUUUAUGAUUUUCUUAAAUGUCCAGUUGAAUGGAGAGUUGGGAGAUGGUGCUUCCUUUUCUUUUGGCUAUGCUUUUCCCCCUUUUUUUUUUUUUCUAAUUUGUCUAUGUACUCUGACGUUCCCUUAGUCUCAAUUUUUAGCAGACAUCUUGGUUUGAGGAUUUACGCUAUGUUGUGCCCUUUAUGGAGUUUGUAGAAUUAAUCCUUCAUUACUGC